AUGAAGAGCGGCCUGGAGGGCAACGUGCACAGCCGAGCCUUCAAGUUCAACGCCGACGGCAAGACCCUCGCCAACUGGGAGGAAUUCCUCCCGCAGCCUCUCAUCCGCGACGUCCACGGCGAGGGCGGCGUGAUGCGGGUGGAGAGGGGCCAGCUCGUGCCCGCCAGCCAGCGGGACGGCGGCCAGGGCGGACGCUCCGGCAACGGGUCCGGCGGACGCACCCGCAACGCCACGCCCGCACCGAAGCCUAUCCGGCUAUUGCCCACCCUGCUGCCAGUCGACGCUCCCGCGGGUUCGUUCAUCACGCACCCCUCCACUGGGCGGUUGAUGAUCUACCGCGUCUGGUUCUCGCAGUGGAUGCAAGACUGGAUGCGAAGGUGGCAACCCGUGGACAGCUGGUUCGACAAAGAUGUGCUCGCCGCGAUCAGCCGCUCGCCGCUGUACAAGCUGCUCGAGGCGAAGUCCAAGGAGCUGCAGGGUGCGACCUUCGAGGAGCGGCUGCCGAUCAUGGCAGACGAGCUCGUCGCCGUGCUCGAGCCGCGCGCCUUUGGCGAGCUGCCACCGGAGCUCCGCGAGCUGAUGGCUGUCAUCGACACCGGGUCGGACGUCGCGGCGGCAAACGUCGACCUGCCAAAGGUGUACGGAUGGUUUGGCGCCGCCGCCGUCGUGGCGCCUCUCGUUGCUCUCUGGGCUCCGAAUGGCGUGCACGCACGACUGCGGCAGCAGUCCCGCCCGGACUCCUCGCUUUUCGCCCCCGACGACCUCCGCGCGCUGACGGACGACCAGCGCCGCGUCGUUGAGGCCGAACACUUCGGCCUCGACCCCUUCAACGAGGAGACCAUGUCGGACGCCGAGUUUCGAGCGUGGUCGCGCGAGCUGCCAAAGGUUGUGCCGCCCUCUCUGCAUGGGGGCAAGCGCUGCUCUACGGCUGCGCUGACACUCUUCGACAUGGAGUUUCGCAGCGCCAAGCGGCAGGGCCAAAUCAACGCCACGCUGGGCGUCGAGCGCAAGCGCCAGACGGACGUCGGCGCCUUCGGCGUUGACGCGGGCGGCGAGGGUGUGGUCGAGGAGGAGUUCAACGAGCUUGACGCGCUCGGCCUCGACGCCGCUGCCUGGGAGGCGUUCCUGCAACACAUUUGCGACACACCUGGACGCCCCUUCUGCUGGGGGUCUCCGGAGCUGCGAGCGUUCCGCGAGGCCGGCCGUCCCGACGGACGCGACGCGUGCCCGCUGCUCAAGAAGGCGUUCGAGACGCCGAUCGGCCCCUCGUGCGCCAAGCCCUUCUCCUUCUCCAUGGGCGUGCUGGUGCCGCUCUUCCUCGGCAUCGUGCACGAGCACACCGCGCUCGCGGAUGCCAAGCACGAGGCGCUGAUCAUCCACGCCAUCGUGCAGGCGCUGAUCAAGCAUUACGUGUCGACGGAGGAGAUCUGAGGCUCACUCCUCGUUGCGCUACGCCGCGCCACCCGCCACCCCGUUGCUGCGCCGCCGUCCACCCGCUUCUCCUCACCCCUGUCCACGCCGCGAGGCUCGCGCGCCACGAGAGCGAGAGCGAGACGUCUCUGUCUCUGCGCCUCUCCCGCUCUCUAUGUACUGUUGCAGAGUCUGAAAA